UGGGGUCUGUUUUUCACAACUGCUAUCGAGCCUUAAGACAAAUGCAAAUAGUUGCAUCUGUAACUUACAUUACAUCACAUGAUCACAAAAUCUUGCUUGGUGACUAAUAAUUAUUUAUUCUUAUCACACACUCUCAGAUAUUACUGGCUUUCAUUUGAGCUCAAAGAAAUCUCACUGAGAUGCUGAUCUGAACACUUUUAAAGCCUCUUGUAGUUCUUGACUUUCUGUUACUUGUGACCUCAUGGUUCUCAGCAAAGUAUCCAUUAUGUGCUCAUCUGAGGUUAGCCUUCAUUUAAGUCUCAUGUUAAGCUUUUAAGUGCUGAAAAAUAAAUAAAAAAAUAAAAAAUGCGUACUUUAUAUUGCUGACAUAAAGGCUACUGCACACACACUUUACAGGCAAAUGGUUUUUGGUUGAAGCUUUGACCACUAGGAUCCAUUAGUUGUGCAUUAUGUGGUGAGCGUCAGAUGACUGAUCAAUACAGUUUAAUGUCUGAGGUAAUUUGAGCGAGGCAGAAAAGUCGCUGCUCGAGAAGCCUUCAGUCACACUGAAGAUCCCUGGAAGACAGAGGAGGUCCUAUAGAUGGAGGCCACAAAGCCUGCUGUGUCAGACCUGGAGAGCAGCAUGCUCACUAUUAUCCAAACUUUCCACCAAUACUCGGGUCAGAAGUGCAAUCUGAAGAAAGCAGACCUUAAAGAACUUAUCAACAAUGAGAUGAAUAAUUUCAUAGUGAAAAUCAAGGAGAAUGACACUCUGGAUAAACUCUUCGCUGACCUCGACCAGAACGGAGAUCUGGAGAUCGACUUCAAAGAGUUCAUUGCCCUCAUCGCCAUGGUCACCUCUGCUUGCAAUGAACUGUUUGUUCCAAAGCAACAAAAGAAUUAGUUUGCAUGCACAUGGAUUACUCAUUUAAAGAGAGUAUGCGUUUUGUUUUUUUUUAGACAUCCUUUGAGACUGGGAGACUAUCAUUAACCAAGCAUCAGAGUUUGAUACUUCUUUUUAGUAUGGAAAUGUUUGCUGAAUACACGCACCAGUCACUUUAUUAAGUACACCUAUUCACCUGCUCAUUAACACAAAUAUCUAAUAAGCCAAUCAUAAGGCAGCAACUCAACAGAUGUAGAUAUGGUCAAAAUGACCUGCUAAGCUCUAACUGCGCAUCAAAAGGGGGAAGAAAGGUCAUUUAAGUGAAUGUGGCAUGGUUGGUGGUACCAAAUUGGCUGCUCAUCUGCUGGUAUUUUACCACACAACCAUCUAUUAUGGAAAAAGAGACUAUCCAGUAAGCGGCAGGUCUGUGGGUGAAAAUACUAUGUCAGUGUCAGAGGAGAAUGGCCAGAUUGAUUUGCGGUAAUAGGAAGGCAGCAGGACCUCCCUCUUUACAACCAAAGCGUAGAAUCUCUGAAGGCAUAAAAUUAAACCUCGAGCCUUGAAGCAGAUAAACCACAGCAGCAGAAGGCUACUCCUAUCGACUGAGGCCACAACAUGCACAGGAUCACCAGACUCGGACAACGGAAGACUGAAAAAUGUUGCUGAUCGGAUGAGUGUAGAUUUCCCCUGUGACAUUUUGACAGUAGAGUCCGAAUGUGAUGUAAGCAAGAUGAACUUUGGGAUCUAUGGAUCCUGCAGUUCAGGCUGCUGGUGGUGAAAUAGCGUGGCGGAUAUUUUUUGGCUAUUUAGUACCAAUUGGGCUUAAACACCACAGCCUACCAGUAUAUUGUUGUCGAACCUGUCGAUCCCUUUAUUACUACAGGGUACCCAUCUCCUGAUGGCUGACUGCAGGAGGAAAACACAUGUCACAAAGCUCAGAUUGUCUCAGACUAGUCUCUUUAACAUGAGUUCAGUGUCCUCAAAAAGCCUCCACAGUCACCCGACCUCAAUCCACAUUUGGGAUGUGGUGGAACACAAAAUUUGCAUCAUGGAUGUGCAGCCAACAAAUCUGCAGCAACUGUGUGGAGCUAUCAUGUCAAUAUCUCUGAGAAAUGUUUCCAGCAUCUUGUUGAAUCUGUUUCACAAAGAAUUAAUGUAGUAAUGAAGGCAAAAGAGGGUCCAAACAGGCACGACCAAUGUAUACCUAAUAAAAUGGCUGGUGAGUUUCUAAUAUAGCAUGUGUGGAAUAUGUAUUUGUGAAACAAAAAAUAUAUAAAUGGAUGAUACUUCCACAUUUGUCUGUCAUU